AUGAUCCUCUACCCUCGCUAUCAUCGUGAAAAUAGUAAUCAACGACAAACGCAUCAUCAAAUUUACUAUUCUGAUACGAAUGAAUGCAAUAAUUAUGGAAAAUACAAACUUGAUACAACGAAUGAUCGACGAAUAAAAACAGUGCUGCAUUAUGAUGACGAGGUAGAUGAAUAUUAUUUGUUUCACGAAAAUCAAGAACCCGAAGAUUUGAUGCAAUUAUUGAAUGAACUAGACUGCUAUCGAUGUUAUAAUGAUGUAGAAAAUGCUAUCAAAUGUAUUUAUGAAUGCAUUCGACGAUAUCCCGAUUAUUUCUAUCUGUAUUACAAAGCAAGCUUUUUAUAUAAAUCAAUGAAGAGUCAAAUGAUAGAAACUACAAGAUUUUGUAAAAUGGCAAUACAUAUUUGCUUGAAACAACGAAACAGAUUCUGGAAUUUAUUACUGCAAGGAUUUCUCUUAGAGUUAGAGGACAAGUAUUUGGAUGCUUUAAAUUUAUAUGAGAAGGCUAAAAAAUACAAAACUAAAUAUACCAAUCAUGAGUCAGACUUGUUAUUCCGAAUUGCGAUGGUCAAAGGAGAUCUUCAUCAAAUUCAAGAAAGCAUUGAUUACUUUCUGCAAGCAUUUCAUUUGCAAAACCAAUGCAAUCCUACAAACAUGUAUUAUCUUGGAAUGUGCUAUAACAAUAUAGGAUGGUGUUACAGACAACUCAAUGACGACGUAAACUCUCUUAAGUACUAUGAAAUGGCAAUGAAUAUGUGUGAGGUCUCUCUUUUUUACACGAACAAAAUCAAAGCACUUAAGGUUUCCUCUAAAUAUUCAGAAGCAAUUGAAUGCUGCCACAAGGCAUUAGAACUAACUAAAAAUCCCAAGACAAGAUGUGAAAUUUAUUGUGAAUUGGGUUAUCUGUAUCACAUUCAAAGAAAGGACAAUCUAUCGAUAGAGGCGUUUGAGCAUGCCCUAAAGUCUUUUGAUAAGUUUUUUUUUCCGUAUGUGAUGGUUGCCUCAAAACGACUGAACUUGUCUCAACAUCCAAUAGAAUUACUCAACGAAGGAAUAACAAAGUGUGAUGAUGGGCUCAGUGAGUUAGUGACAAUGAGGAUGCACAUCCAUCGUUUCAAUGGAGACAAGACUGCUGCUGCACAAGAUUCAAGAAAAUUAAUACAAAUUUCUAGAGGCCUGAUGUCAAGAAUUCAUUGA